AUGUUGUCUCGUAGGAACGUACUCAGACUGGCAUGUCUCAGCAAUCAACAUGCUCGAGGCUAUGCUACUGGCAAAAUCCAAGUUCGCAAUCCCAUUGUCGAGAUGGACGGCGAUGAGAUGACACGUAUCAUUUGGAAGAGCAUCAAGGACAAGCUGAUCUUCCCAUUCUUGAACGUGGACUUAAAGUAUUACGAUUUGGGAAUCCAGCACCGUGAUGCUACCAAUGAUCAAGUAACAAUCGAUGCAGCUAACGCUACAUUAAAGUACAAUGUCGCCGUUAAAUGUGCUACAAUCACUCCUGAUGAAGCCCGUGUGGAAGAAUUCAAACUCAAGUCAAUGUGGAAAAGUCCAAAUGGUACCAUUCGAAAUAUCCUAGGUGGAACAGUAUUCCGUGAGCCAAUCAUGCUCAAAUCUAUACCUCACAGUGUUCCUGGCUGGACUAAACCCAUCAUUAUUGGUCGACACGCCUACGGUGAUCAAUAUCGUGCCACUGAUUUGAUCGUAGACCAGCCAGGAUUAUUGGAAUUAGUAUUUACCCCUAAAACCGGUGGGCCCGAAACACGAUGGAGUGUACACGACUUCAAAGGUCGUGGUGUUGGUAUGGGUAUGUUCAACUCGGAUGAGUCCAUUGAAGGAUUUGCUCGAGCCUGUUUCAAUAUGGCUUUAGCCAAGGGCCAGCCACUGUAUCUGAGUACCAAGAACACCAUCUUGAAAAAGUACGAUGGUCGCUUCAAGGACAUUUUCCAAGAUAUUUAUGAUGCCGAGUUCAAGACCAAAUAUGCUGCUGCAAAAAUUACUUAUGAACACAGAUUAAUUGACGACAUGGUCGCUUUUGCUCUUAAAUCACCUGGUGGUUUCGUAUGGGCAACCAAAAAUUACGAUGGAGACGUACAAAGUGACGUUUUAGCACAAGGUUUUGGUUCAUUAGGUCUGAUGACAUCAGUACUCAUCACCCCUGAUGGCAAGACCAUGGAGAGUGAGGCUGCACACGGAACAGUUACCCGUCACUACCGCGAAUUCCAAAAAGGACGAUCAACGAGUACCAACUCAAUUGCGUCCAUCUUUGCUUGGACACGUGGUCUACAACACCGUGCCAAAUUAGACAACCACCCUCAAUUACAUCAGUUCACUAUUGAUUUGGAAAAGUCUUGUAUUGAUGCUGUUGAACGUGACAGAGUAAUGACCAAGGAUUUGGCCUUUUUACUUCAUGCCGACCGAAUGAAGCCCACAGACUACGUUGACACUGAUGGUUUCAUAUCCCAUGUUGCCAAGCUGAUGAGUAAGAUCCGAAAGCUCCCAGAAUAG